GGAGAGAGAAAGUUGCUUUGCUCCAGUUGUGAAGAUUUGAAUCCCAGUCCUGAGCUCUCUGCAAGCGCUUGCUGAGAUACCUAACUCCCUGUCCUGUGCAGAGGUCUGUGAUUGGGGAUGUGGUGUGCUCAGCGGGCAGGGCCCCUCCCCUGGGCUGGAUCCGCCUCUCCUAUCCCCCAGAUAAAUUACUAGUGUCCUCACUAAAUUCCUCGGCUUUCUCUCUCUCCCUCACUCACACACGCUCACUCACUCCCUCCCUCAAACACGGGCAGAGCAGGGUUGGGGGGCGGGAGGGCGGGGGUCCUCUCUGGAUCUAUAUCACGCCUUAGUGCCGGAGGGGGGAGAGAAGGGGAGGAAAGUGCUGCGCCCCUUCUCUCCUCCACCGCCACCACGUAGGUUUGGGGAGCUCCCCGUCCUCCCCUCCUCCCCCUUUCCCGCCAGCCCUUUGGCAUCUUCCAGACCAUGUCCACUGGGUCCCUCAGUGAUGUGGAAGAUCUGCAAGAGGUGGAAAUGCUGGAGUGCGAUGGCCUGAAAAUGGAUACUAACAAAGAGUUCGGGGCGUCCAACGAGAGCAACGAGGAGGGAUCCAAUGGCGAGAAUGGCUCCCCUCAGAAAGGGAGAGGGGCCUCGGGAAAGAGGAAAAAGGCUCCCCCCAAGAAGAGCCCUUUAAAUGGUGUGAGCCAGGAAGGAAAGCAGGUCCAGAGAAACGCUGCCAACGCAAGGGAGAGGGCAAGGAUGAGGGUCCUUAGCAAAGCCUUCUCCAGGCUUAAGACCACCCUGCCCUGGGUGCCCCCAGACACCAAGCUUUCCAAACUGGACACCUUGAGGCUGGCCUCCAGCUACAUCGCACACCUGAGGCAAAUCCUGGCCAACGACAAGUACGAAAAUGGCUACAUCCAUCCAGUCAACCUGACCUGGCCUUUUAUGGUAGCCGGCAAACCCGAGAGUGACCUGAAAGAAGUGGUGAACACAAACCGCUUGUGCGGCCCGACGGCAUCCUGAGCCCCGCGGCCCCGCCAGCACCGACCCCGUGCGGCCGGGGAGGGGGCACGGGCGCGGGCAGGGCCCCGCUUUGCCCCGCUGCUGCCCCGGGCCCGGGCAGGGCGACGGGAGAGCGCUCCGCCGGCACGGCACGGCGGAGACCGAAGGCAGAGACUCCACCCCGGGAGAGCCCGACUCUAUUUAACUUUAUUGAGUGCGUGUGCAGUCGAGUGUCCUGCAACAGCAGCCUUGCUGGUUCAAGCGCUACUAGAGGAAAGGCAGAGAUCAAACAAAACCUACCACGCGUGUAUCUUUUGUCUGAGACCUGUGGAAUAUGUAGAUGCCUAGAGAAAAAAACAAAAAACUGACUUUGACAGUCAUCUCUAUGAACUCAUUCGCCCUAAAGAUAUAUAGAUAUAUUUUCUUCAAGCAGGUUUUUGCUCUAUUUCUGUGAAUAAACCUUCCUUUCCAUUGAA